GAAGGCUAAUAAGAAAGAAUAUCAAUAUCUCGUAUUAAUAGAUCCCAAGAAAUAUAUAGAAUAUACAAUGGUGAAUAUUGAUUUUGAGAAGAUUUACCUUAACCAGCUGAAGAGUCCUGGGCGUAUGAGAAUAGCCGACUCUGGGCUUGGAUGGAAGGCAUCAGUACAAUCAACCGCAACUCCAAAUACCAAUGCACCAUUUUUGUUGCCAUCUGAAGAAUUAUUAAAUUCUCAAUGGUCUCGUGGAUCUCGUGGAUAUGAGUUGAGAGUGCAAACUAAAAAUCAAGGGGUUGUGAUUUUGGAUGGAUUUGAUGUUGAGGACUUUACUAAAUUAAAACAAGAAUUACAAAGAAAUUUCCAAUUAACAUUGGAACAUAAGGAACAUUCAUUAAGAGGAUGGAAUUGGGGUAAGACAGACUUGGCUCGUAAUGAAUUGGUUUUCCAAGUUAACAACAAGCCAAAUUUUGAAAUUCCUUACGCAGAGAUUAGUAACUCCAACUUGACUGGUAAAAAUGAAGUUGCAUUAGAAUUCAAUUUAGAUGGUGGUCAUAAUAAGGCUGGAGAUGAAAUGGUUGAAAUGAGAUUUUACAUUCCAGGAACUGUAGAAAAUGAAAGUGAAAAGAAGAAAGAUCCAGUAAAGGAUGAAAACGGAGAGACUGUGGAAGAUACUGAAGAACAAAUAAAUGCUGCUACUGUAUUUUAUGAACAACUUAAGGAUAAGGCAGAUAUUGGACAAGUUGCAGGAGAAGCCAUUGUUUCCUUUAGUGAUGUUCUUUUCCUUACUCCAAGAGGUCGUUAUGACAUUGAUAUGUAUCCAUCAUCCUUAAGAUUAAGAGGUAAGACAUACGAUUACAAGAUUCAAUACAAACAAAUUGAAAGAAUCUUUUCACUUCCAAAGCCAGAUGAUACCCAUCAUCUCAUUAUACUUCAAAUCGACCCUCCUUUAAGACAAGGUCAAACAAGAUAUCCAUUCCUUGUGUUACAAUUUGCCAAGGAGGAAGAAAUUGAACUUGAACUUAAUGUUUCUGAACAAGAAUAUAAUGAAAAGUAUCAAGAAAGAUUGAAAAAGUCUUAUGAUGCUCAAACACAUUUAGUGAUGUCUCAUUGUUUCAAAGGUUUAACCGAACGUAGAUUAAUUGUUCCUGGAUCAUUCCAAUCAAGAUUUGGCCAACCGGGACUUUCAUGUUCGUUAAAGGCAUCAGAAGGUUAUUUAUUCCCAUUGGAUAGAUGUUUCCUUUUCGUUACCAAGCCUACUGUGUAUAUUCCAUUUUCAGAAAUUAGUAGUAUAACUAUGUCACGUACAGGAGCUGCAGGAGUUUCAGCUUCUAGAACAUUUGAUUUAGAAAUCAGUUUAAGAGGAUCAAAUCAAGGUCAUACAUUUGGAUCUAUUGAUAGAGAAGAACAACAAUCAAUUGAAAACUUUUGUUUAGAAAAGGGAUUGAGAGUUAAGAAUGAAGAAAAAUUGGCCAAGGCAAUGAUGGCCAAGGCAAUCAACGAUGCUAAUGCUGAUGAUGACGAUGAUGAUGCAGAUGUGGAUAUGGGCAGUGCCGGUGAGGAUGAAAGUGCUGAUGAUGAUUUCAAUUCAGGAUCUGAAUCAGAUGUUGCUGAAGAGUUUGAUUCAGAUGCUUCAGCUUCAGAUUCUGAUGAAAAUAUGAGUGGAGAUGAUAGACCACCAACAAAGAAGCACAAGGCAACCGAAUAAAUAAUGUGUGU